UUUGAUAUAUAACUUGCAGUCACUGCGUGUGUAGAUGCCGGAACAGUGACAGUCGUUCGACGAUUCCGGUGCGGAGCGCACGCGUACCAUUUCCGUCUGUGUGUUUCCACAAUUGAGAAUUAUAUACAUACCGCAGUGGGUGGGGAACAUUAAGCACACAGUUCUUCUUGACAAUUGCUUCGUACAACGUGCACUUUUCAUCUAACCUGAGGAAUCAACUAUUCGUGAAAUUUAAAGAAGCAAAGCAUUUUAUUUGAUGAUCCGCAGGAGAGUGCAGGGAAUGCUAUAAAGGCCGAAAUAGAACUGAAAAGAAAAGGAAUCGACGAAGAGAGAAGAACAAUUCUACAAAAAGGGAAUGAUCGCCUAAAGUGCAAAGAGGUGGAGAGACCAAUACCAAGGAAAAAAAAGGCAGAGUAUAUAUAAGAGUUUCGUGACAAACGGCCGGAUGGCGGACUUAUAGACUGCAGAGCUCUUAAAACUAUUGAAACACGAAAAGGGGAGAAAGAGAAAAAAACAGUUCGAACGUGAAAACGGACGUGUAACAGCAACGAUCGCGCGUUCACUUGUGUUUCCUAUGAAAACUUCCUACAACGCGUUCAGUUGCGGGCGUGACCAAGAUCUGUCCAGACUCGUGUAACUCUGAAUGGCCAAACGUGAACAGCUGUUUAGUAUAGCGUAUAACAAUACAGCGAAUUAUUCUGCGUGUGAUCUUUGCAGAAAAACAAAUUUUAUUCUGAGGCCAAAGCAAAUCGAUAGUGUCGACAUGAAUUCUAAAGUUCAACACACAACAACCAGCCAAUACGAACAGUCCGCUUACAGGCGGACGACGUUUGAUUAUUCAUCCGAGUACUUCACCAAAAUGUCCACAUUUUUCAUCAUCUUCUUCGUAGUGAUGGUCAGUCGAUUUCCGGUGGCCAACACUUCCGGUACAGUCGGAGAUUUCGUCGAUUCGGGACAUCUCGUUUGGACGCCGAUUGGAAUCACAGCCCGAAGCGAAGUUGAUAUGUGGACCAAGACGAGCAGCGGAUGUGCCUGUUCCAGUCAAGAUCAUCACCAGCAGUCGGGACAAGGAGUCAAAGGCGGUGGAGGCAACAAGAGCAUCAAGACGUGCGCUUGCUGCGCUCACGCAGGGGCCUGCCAGUGCGGCCCCAAAGUGCCCUACCGCUGCGCCCAGUGCGGGCUCGAACAACAAUGCGAUCAGAUGUGUAACGUCACAUUGGAUGCAAGCCAAUUGUAUUCCUCUUCACGUCUACGUUACGGUCAAAUUAAAUCGCUUGAACUUCACGAACAUCAGCACUGCUGGUACAAACUCGUUCCCGAGCCUGGCUAUCGUAUCGAACUUCAAAUCUAUCGACUGGUCGACACCGGCUAUCUCAACCAAUCAAAGUGCACCGGAGGCCAGCUUGAGUGGUUGACGAAUAGCGGCAUUAGUAGUAUUGAAAGCGCCGUUUCCGGUUCGCUACCGCAGCAGCACUCAUGGACAUUGUGCGGCGCUAAUGAACGCUAUUCACCACCGGCUUUGCUCUUCUCGGAUGAUGACAUUUCGCCAGCCACACUUGUGCUCAAAUCUGGAGAAUUCACCAGACGUGGCAAACUGUUGGCUCAUUUCAGUUUCACACCCAUCGGGCAUUCAGCGCAGCUGGGACUGCAAACAAUCGGAGGCACGCCCGUUCACGGUUCAGUUUGCGACUGGCAUUACCAGCAAUCGGACUGCGUCACGGACGGUCGCUACAACAACACGUGUCGGAUGGCCAGUCCGGGUUACCCUGGACUGUAUCCACCGAACCGAACCUGUCGAUUUCAUGUCGCCCUGCAGUCGCCCUUCCAGCCAUUAACGCUGCACUUCAUUUCAGUUCAACUACCUGCUCAACGCUGUAAAACGGACUACGUGCGAAUUUUGAUCAAUGGACGCGUUCAUACUACUCUGUGCGGGCAGGAGACAGUCCAAUUCACCACUUACGGCCCUGACGUCGCUGUUGAAUUCAACUCGGGGGCUCUGUUACCUCCGUACGUGUUCAAUGGAUUCCUGGCCCAUUUAACUUUUCGAGAGAUGGACGCACAGCCACCGCAAUUACACAGCCGUGGCACUCAUUCGAAAAAUCAACUAAAUCCUCAUCAACCAGAAGGCAUUCCAAGCGGUGCCUUCCGCGCCGUGGAGAGGCAAGCCCACGCAGUUUGCGACUACGUGAUCCGGCCGAACGCGACAAACAGCGGCGUAGCAGGCGAGACGAUGAUGAAUCGCUGGUCCGGCUUUUUCAGCACGUCGACUACAGCCUGGAGAGUUUGGCCAGCGCCGUGCUCCUUCACUUUCCCCGCUCAACCGGGACAAAGCGUCCAGAUCAAUUUACUGGCGUUCAACAUCACGGGAGCCGACUGUACUUCUUUCAUGGAAAUUCACGAAGGAGCCCUCGAUGUCAGAUGGAGCUCGUCUUCGCCGCGCCAAAAGAUCUGCAGUCCCGCCUGGAAGAAAUCCAGGAACUCUUACACAAGAUUUAAUCAGCCGUACCUGAUCCACUCCAACAACGCCAGUCUUUCCAUUCGCUUCCGUAUGGAUCCUGUCACAGGAGAUGAUCAGGUUAUUGAAGGAGCUUUUGCCUAUUUCAAUGAGUUGGAAGGUUUCAGACUCCCUGGAACUUUAUGCGAUGCUCAUUAUGAUGCAACAGUGAACCCGUCCAAUGGCCGUUUAUCAAAUUCUUUCGAUUCGACCAUUUUCUGGUCAGUUGUCGGCCCGUUUAACUGUACGUCCACGUUCGAUCCCGAAGAAAGGAAAUCUGUCACGCUCACUGUGACCGCCAGCCAAAUGAAAAACGAUGGUCGUUGUUACACGGAAUGUGAUCGUCAGGGCUGUCACUGUAGGACGAAUGAUACUAAUAUCAUUAACCACAUCACCCUAGUUAUGUCCAACAGGUCUACCGUUUGUCUUUGCGGUGAUAUCCAGGCCUUCCUGCCCGUUAGCUUAUCGUCAAAUACUCGUAUAUCCGUCCAUCAUCACGUGGUUGAAUUCAGCUUCGGCCAGCCGGAUUUGGCUAUUGAUUUGAGCUACCGUUUCUCGACACGACAUGAAUGUGGAUCGGAAGCAUUUCUCGAAUCUCCUACUGGUUCCAUAUCGUCGCCUUUGUUUGGCCUGAAGGAAAAAUCUACCAAUGAUGGAUAUCAUCACACCGACUGUCUAUGGAUUGCAAUGGUGAAACCGACGGAAUUAUGGACUGCCUCGAUUUAUACACCCGAUCAAGGAGACUGCCAAGAAUGGAAUUUGACGUUGCUCUACUACGAUGACAAGUGGCCAAAUCAGCUCGGCUCCGUUAUUGACGUUCUGUGUCCAGACAGCAACGAGAAACACGUCUUUGCUAUGCCAAGUGGUCUGAACGCCAUGGCCAUCAGGCUUCAAGCUUUCAAUACGGUACCUGUCCAGUAUCGGCUUGCGUGGCAAACAUCUUCCUUGUCUAGUCCUGCACCUGGAGUCCAACGCUCACUCUCUUCCCUUAUCACGACCACGUCGCCAGAUCAACAGCAGGUGGACAUUGUCGCGAAAACUUCGAGUUCGUCCAGCCUGCCGCCAACAUCGUCCAUUCCUUGUACAUUUCUAUUCAUCGGAUUUGCCAUGCUUCGAACGAGACUCAUCCCGCGAUAAUAAUAUCAAUGUCGUUGUCAUUAAGAGUUUGUACCCCACAGAACGCUUGUUCUUUUUUUAAUUUACGUAACAAAUCCUGUAAUAUAUAAAUAUUUACAUAAAUAUAUAUAUGAAAGUGUUAGGCUAUGUUUGAAAUGCUGUUUAACAUAUACUACAAAAAUAGACACAUCCAAAUAUCAUUAAAAUGUUAUAAACAAUCUGUAUUGUCUCUCCGUUUGCUGUUUUCAUCUCAAAAGACAAGACUAAUUACGAUGCCACAAAUAAGAUAGAUACCUUAUUCCUUCCCUGGUAAGGAAAAUAAA